AUGCCAAGAACCCGUGCCCGGCGCUCGUCUUCCAUCAAGAUCCAGCAUAUGGCGCCUGAUUCCCAGGACGUGUUGAACGACCAGGACUUACAGACCAACUUGAACGCCAACUGGAUUAACUUCAAGGGUGCGUGGGUCAUCCACUUUGUCAUCAUCGGACUCGUCAAGGUGUUCUACACGUUGAUCCUCAAGUCGUACGGCCUCAACACCGCGGAGUUGAACUGGACCCUCACCAACUUGACCUACACCGUCGGCUCCUACAUCAUGUUCCAUCAGGUCAAGGGUACGCCCUUUGAAUUCAAUCUGGGUGCCUACGACAAGUUGACCAUGUGGGAGCAGUUGGACAACGGCGACCAGUACACCCCGGCCAAGAAGUUUUUGAUGGGCAUGCCCAUUGCGCUCUUCUUGUGCAUUACCCACUUCACAAACUACUCCGUCAGAAUGUCCAUCUUCAACGGUGCUUGUUGCUUGCUCUGCGUCAUCCCUAAGUUGGAACUGAGCCACCGUUUGCGCGUCUCCAUUCCUUACUUGAGUGAAUACGAGAACUGA